UAAAAUAUUUCUUUGUUUUAAUUUCAGGACUGAAAAUGAUUUAUGAAUGUAUGGUUAGUCCUCAUCCUCCGGAUGUUAGGGCGACCAUUUAGAAAGUGCUUAGAAUGGACGAUGCUGCUAACUGGGACCUCAACUCUCUCCGAGAAGAAGAAUUCGAUACUCUAGCAGUUUAUCUUGUGAGAGACCAGCCAUGUGAUGAAGACUGCCCGAACAGGGCAGAGGCUAGUUUACCCAGAAAUCUCAUAAUAAGAGCUGCGCCCUCUCUCGGGGGAGAUGUUCAAGGAAUAUGGAGCACUGAUUUUAUUCCCAAGGGAACCCGGUUCGGUCCCUUGGUUGGCGAGGUGUAUAGACAGGACGAAGUCCCACCUGAAGCCAACAGAAAGUUCUUUUGGAGGGUCUACAACUCGCUCGAUUCCCCGGACGAUUACUUCUACAUUGAUUGCUUGGAUGUUCGAAAAUCGAACUGGAUGAGGUACGUCAACCCAGCCUAUUCAACUGAAGCACAGACUCUUGUGGCUUGCCAAGUGAACCGUCAAUUAUACUUCUAUACUUGCCGAUCUGUACUUCCCAAUGAAGAACUCACUGUUUGGUACUGCAAAGAAUUCGCUCAACGAUUGGGAUAUCCUCUGACUGGAGAACUGAUGCUUGAAAGGAUAAGGAAUCAAUUAACAGUCGACACAUCAGCACCUGGUAUUCAAGAAAUGGAAAAAGGAGAAGAUGGAGUCAAGCUAAGCUUAUCGGAACUGCCAACACUUCUGCGCUAUUACAGACACAACGCAGAGGCAACUGAAAAAGAUCGAGUAGAUGAAGGUUAUCACAGCAACGGGUCACAGGAUGAUCCUCUAACACCACCUGAAGGAGGCGAAAAUGCCCAGGACGAUCCUCUGACUCCACCUGAGGGAGUUACCAAUGGCUCACAAGAGGAACCAUUUGUCCCAUCUGAGGGUUGUGGCAAUUUACCCCAAGACGAUCUUCCAAUGGCAACUGAAGAUUGCUUAUCUGAUGCAGAGUGUGCGUUGGACUUCAGUACGAAAGAAAAACCAAAACCUUCGAAUGAAAUGCAGGUAACGAGCAGACAAACUCAUGAAGAGGAUCUUGUGGAAGAUCAGACUGAAUGUACGUACAGAAAAUUUCGCGAUGCUAAAUUCAAAAUGUUUAAAGCACUCAAUUACCGGAGCAGCCAAAAUAGAAAAAACGAUGUUCCUCACACAAAUGGUGAAAAUGCUCCGACGCAGCUUUCCAAUCAGACACUUCCAGAAAAGGAAGCAGAAUCUGUUCAGAAGCCUGUAAUCGUUAUUCCAACUCCCCAUCGUCAAGAUUCUGCUUCCCAACAGCGAGAAAUCCCACCACCUGAUGAGAAACAAACUCAGGAGCCCGUUUCUAAUUCCCUGCUACAUGAUGUUUUAUCAAAGCGUGGGUUUUCCGCAUUCGUAGCGUACGAAAGCAGCUCAGCAAAAUCAUUUAGAUCUGUCAUACCUAACAGUCUGCCACUUUCACCACCUAGUUUACCAGCUCACGAUGGCAUUCCGCCUCCUGGCAUAUUAGAGAACUUACUUUUGCGCCAGAAAGCGGAAGUGGCAAGAUCAUCCAUAACUGAAGGAUCUACUCAUAUUCCAUACCCUCGUCCUCCGCUUUUAACAGAACCAGUUCGAGUUAUUGUCUCAAAUGAGGUAUCGUCACGAUCGGAACAACAAAUCAGUAGUACACUCCAAUCACCCCCUCGUCCAGAACAAUCAGUGACAUCCUAUUCGCCUAAAAAACCUCCCCUUCUACAAUAUGGCAACUCAAGCCCCCAUAGCCCUGAUUCGACUGAUCAUAAUUCUGUUUCUGUAAACAGGCAUAGUCCUCCUUAUCCUUUGCCUGGACCUCCCGCAAAUUACGUGUACAGCAUGCCACCGAUGUUCUCCUCCGCUCAUUUUAAUAUGUAUGCCUAUUCUCUAACUUCAGAAGGACAGGCCAAUGGUUUCGGACCUAAAUCUUCAGAAUAUGCACAAAAUCAUCAACAUAAUCAGGCACAAUAUUAUGGUAGAAUGCCACUUAAACCGAAAUCACCUUAUGGUAAUAACUUAUUAACACCCAGUCAUAAUAAUAGUUUACAGAACUCUCCCCAAUCCCCACCCGAAGGAGCAUCCUUGAUUAUGAGCAAUUAUCAGCAAAUGAGAGAUCAAGAUAAUGUCAGUCCAGCGGACUCGUCGAGAUCUCAUUCUAGCCAGCGGGGAUAUAGAUCACUCCCAUAUCCAUUGAAGAAAAAAGACGGCAAAAUGCACUAUGAAUGCAAUAUAUGUAUGAAAACUUUUGGCCAGUUGUCGAAUCUCAAGGUACAUUUAAGAACGCAUUCAGGGGAGAGACCUUUUAAAUGCAAUGUUUGCACCAAGAGUUUCACGCAACUGGCACAUCUUCAAAAGCAUCAUCUUGUGCACACGGGAGAAAAGCCACACGAGUGCAAGGUUUGCAAGAAACGCUUCAGCAGCACCAGCAAUCUAAAAACUCAUUUACGUCUUCACAAUGGUCAGAAACCAUACGCUUGUGAUUUAUGCCCUGCCAAGUUCACCCAAUUCGUACAUUUGAAAUUGCACAAACGUCUUCACACGAACGAAAGGCCGUUCACUUGUCAGACUUGCAAAAAGAAGUAUAUCAGUGCGUCUGGUUUAAGAACGCAUUGGAAAACUACUUCUUGCAGACCGAACUCUGUGCCUCUGGAAGGCAUGGACAAGAUAUACGAUUACAUGUCAGGUGAAGAUUACAGUAACAUAGAUAGCAACGAAGAAUUGCUGGAGAUUAUCGAUGCUGGUGAGGAAGACAGUCAGCCAGCAUCGUCAGGCCGGUCACAUUCUGUAAGCCCACCUCCAGUUCUACCACCUAUGACUGUUAGACCACCUUCAACAGUCCUUCCCCGCACUGUAGUUCUACCACCCAUGGCAGGAUCACCACCUUCAUCGGUCGGAUGGCCGACAUCAGCAGGAUGGCAACGAUCGGGAAAUCAGCAAUCAUCGGUAGGCCGUCCACCAUCAACGAGCCGACCGCUAUCAGCAGAACGACCACCAUCACCUGACGGUUCAGGUCGUCCACCAUCAGCAGGACGACCAAAUCGACCACCCUCAGCUGGUUGUCUUUCUAGAAUGACCCUUCAUAUUCCUCGAUCGAAUGCUGAAUGUAUUAUGGCAAAUUGAAAAAUUGGAGAAAAAAAAAUCAAUUAAUUUAUUUCUUUGGGAAAAGCAGGACUUUUUCCUCUCAACUCAUCCAGUGAUAUGAAUGCGUAGUUUUUAUAGCUGUUAUUUGUUGUUAUAAUUCAUUAUAUGUGUUUGUGUUUUAUGUGUACAGAAAAGUAUUUUUCAUUAUUUAUUGACUUUAAUGACUGACUGGAAUUUCUCUAACCCCUGACUUUCAUUAUUUAUAAUUUCAACAAUUUUUUUUUUCGUUAAACAUUUGAGAAAAUGUUUGUCUUUUGGUUUUUUUAAGUCAUGACUUAAGGAUUUUUGUUUUAAUCUCGAUUUAAAGAAAGUGAAGGAAAUUCCUACGAAUCAUAUUAAUUAAAAAUAAAUUGGUUGACAAGUACGAAAUGAAAAAUAUUUUUCAAAUAUUCUGAAACUUUUCAAUUCAUUCAUUUGGCGAAUAUUUAAGAGCAUUUUGAAGCCUGAAAGUAUAUUGUGAAUUUAUUAAAAUAUAACCCCUUUUUCGAUUAAUAAUAUGAAUAA